GCAGUGAGAAUAGUCAUGUCUAUAAAUGUAUCUCUACUGCAAAUUUCUGUCGAGACAAAUCGGACAGCUAAGAGAAGGCAUUGGUCACAUGAAGAGGAAGUUCGAUUGGCGAGUGCUUGGCUGAACAAUUCUAAUGACUCAAUACAAGGGAAUGGCAAGAAGGGUGAUACAUUUUGGAAGGAUAUCACUGCAGAGUUUAACAGCAACGCACCGGCAGAUCGUCAAAGGGACACUAAUCAGCUGAAGAUUCACUGGUCACGCUUGAAAACAGUUAUCAAUGACUUCAAUGGAUGUUGGACUCAGGCGACUAGAGUGAAUAAGAGUGGAGCGUCUGAUGAUCAGUUGAUGGAUGAGUCACUUAAAUUGUUUGAAGUCCGAUUUAAGAAGCCUUUCACUCUGAUUCAUUGGUGGAGGACUCUCAAGAACCAACCCAGCUGGAGAAAGAAAAGCAGCAAUCACAUGUUCCCGUACCUGUUAAUGAUGACAUAGGCUCGGAGCGUCCAAUGGGGAGAGAUUCAGCCAAGGCACAACGCAAUGGCAAGCGCAAGGCUGAAGAGAUUACUGAAGGUCUUGCAAUCUUAGGAGAAAAUAUAAACAAGAUAGUUGCAUUGACGCAAGAACGUAAGCACGCCACAGGUGCGCACCUUGAAAUCUCAAGGAUAAAACUCAAGACAGCAGAAAAGAAAAAGGAAGCAAAUAUGUUGUUAGUUUAUAAUUCAUUGCUGCAGCAAGACAUAAGCCAAAUGACAGAAGAAUCAAAGGCUAGAAGGGAUAAGAUUUUGGCGAUGAUGGAGAAGAAACUAUUCAGUAACAAU